UGUGUCUCAUCCUGCGCACAGAUGCCUGUUACAGUGACCGGCUACAUAAACUCAUCAGACAAACAGCCACACACGAGGGACCCGGGACAUGGACGGCUCUUCAUUCUGAGAGUUUGUCCCUCAAGGUAACCUUCUGAGUCGCAGACGAAUGCCCUGCCAUCAUGUUCAACACUAAAAGGUUGAAGCAAAAGUCCCAGUCGGUGGAUAUCGGCUCUCAAGGUUUUACCGCUCGUCUCCUCCCGAGUCUGUCCUUAAACAGGUCUUCAACACCCGUUGCCAAGACAACAGCAUCUGAGGUGCAAGAGAACAACGCGACCAACUCCCAACGCCGUGGUCCACGGUGUACUGAACUGAAACGUGGAUACACAAUAGAUACGGGACAGAAAAAGACGCCGGAGAAGAAGGAUGGAAGACGGAUGUCGUUCCAGAGACCGAAGGGAACCAUCGAGUAUUCGGUGGAAUCACAGGACACUCUUAACACUAUCGCCCUGAAGUUUGACACAACCCCAAAUGAGCUCGUUCAACUCAACAAACUCUUCUCCAGAAAUGUGGUCCCGGGUCAGGUUCUUUAUGUUCCUGACCCUGAGUGUGUGUCCAGUGUGGGCAGCUCUCCAUCCUUCAGUCCCAGCAGCCCUCUCUCCCCCACCUCCUCAGAGGCCGACCUGGAGAAAGUGACCACGGACUCCAAUGGUCCUCCUCGUGCGGAUGUUCCCACCCCUCCGUUCUUCUCCGCACUGCAGUCCUCUCGCGUGGUUUCCUCCACCUCAGAAGAAGAGGAGGCGCUGACGGAGAAGUUCCUCAAAAUAAACUGCAAGUACAUCACAGACAGCAAGGGUGUUGUUAGUGGGGUGUUACUUGUGACGCCAAACAACAUCAUGUUUGACCCUCACCGGACGGACCCUCUGGUUCUGGAGAGAGGAUGUGAAGAGUAUGGGAUCAUGUGUCCGCUGGAGGAGGUUCAGUCUGCGGCCGUCUACAGAGAAAUCACAGACAGCAAGAUCAGAGACUCCAUUCCCCCGGAUUUUGAAGCUGUGUUCUCUGGAAGCUUUCACCAAACAGAGCAGCGCCUGCGGGAAGGUUACGACAGUGCCAGCACGGGCCCCCGAAGCACCGAAGGCUCCAUCUCAGAGGACGUCUUCACCGAAUCAGAGCUUUCGCCCAUUCGUGAGGAGCGACAGUCCACGGAGGAGCUUCACCACUCAUCGGGAGCCUCAUCCCAAUCCGUGCAGACUAUCGCCCAGGAACCUCAGACGCCUGAGGAAAGCCAAACCUCUGCCUGCCAUACAGAUGAGGAAGAAAAGCCAGACAUGUCGAAGGGGGAGGGAGACCCCGCCAGCGAUACUGCCCAGCCCAACACGUCCACGGGCUCCAGACAGCCCAGCCAGGAACAGCCAAGUACACCAACCAGCAGGGAACACCAGCAGCCACCCCACUGCCCGAUCGAAGGAGACGCCCCCUCCUCAGGUUCUCAGAGCUCUGCGCCCCAAGCAGAGGAGGCCACGGGGCCAGAAAGUUGCUCUGAUGGGGCAAAAGUGACCAGAGUUUCAGAGACAGACGUAGAGGAGCUGAGAAAGAUGUGCAUGAGUCACACUAUGCAACAAGCAAAGGAACAACGAGACAGCGUCCAGCAGGCACAGAGAGAUAACGUCGAGCAGACCAAGGGCAGCCAGAGACAAAGCUCGGCUGAAGGUUCAAUGACGUCCAAGGAAAGACAGAAGUCUCACAAGUUUUUGUGUCUGCAAGUUGGCAAAGCCAUGAAGAAGACGUUUGUUUCCAACGCCAGCGCAUCGAUGCAACAGUACGCACAGCGUGAUCGCAAACACGAGUACUGGUUUGCUGUUCCCCAGGAGAGGUCAGAUCACCUAUACCUUUUCUUCAUCCAGUGGAGCCCUGAUGUUUUCGGGGAGGGGUUGGGAAGCAUCAGCCGGGACCCUGGCUUUGUUGUGGUGAAGAAAAAUGAGGAAUCGGAGACGAACGAGGAGCAGCAGACCGAAGACGAUUCAACCAAGGAGUGGGAGGUUGUGUCUUGGGCCGAGUAUCACCGCCGGAUUGAUGCAUUAAACAGCGAAGAUCUCCGCUCUCUAUGCAAACGUCUCCAGAUCACCACUAAGGAAGACGUGAACUCCAAACAUGGGUCGUCGAUCUCAGCCAGCCUGGAGCUGGAAACCUUCAAGCCCAACCUGAACGAACCCAGUGACCUUCUGGAGGCCGAGAAGAUUGAGAAGCUGGCAAAACAUCUUCCACCCAGGACCAUCGGUUACCCGUGGACUCUGGCCUUUGGUACGUCUAAACACGGCAUGAGCAUUAAGACGCUCUACCGGGCAAUGCAGAGUCUGGAGUCACCUGUGCUGCUGGUUAUUAAAGACAGUGACGGACAGAUAUUUGGGGCUUUAGCAUCAGAACCCUUUAAAGUCAGUGAAGGUUUUUACGGCACCGGAGAGACUUUCCUCUUCACCUUCUAUCCUGAGUUUGAGGUGUACAAGUGGACAGGUGAUAAUCUGUUCUUCAUUAAAGGAGACAUGGACUCUUUAGCUUUCGGUGGAGGAAGUGGUGAAUUUGGGCUGUGGUUGGACGGAGAUCUCUAUCACGGGAGAAGUCAUUCAUGCAAAACCUUCGGGAAUCCCAUGCUGUCCAUGAAAGAGGAUUUCUUUGUGCAGGACAUUGAGAUCUGGUCAUUCGAGUAGACGCCCGCGGGGAAACAUCUUUACAACGGGAGAGAGAAGGAGAGGAAACGGACGACAGGCAGAUCCCAAACCUAACACACAUCACAGCAGCCCGUAACAGACACUACCGUUACCGCGCUUGUCGUAUGUUACUCCCGCAUUUAAUACAGAGCUCUUCUAUGUGCUGUUUAGUAUGUGUGUGUUUUGUUCAAGCCGUGUCCAGCGUCGCUAACCAACAGGAGGAUGCGGAGAUAUUGGAUGGCACGGGUUUGGGCUGCCGGAGAACUGCCAUAGUCCAGUUUACCUAUGAGCCAAUGUGCCGGGUGGAUGUUCGAGAGCUGAUGUUAGCCGGUAGGAUUUCACUAACACGAGAAAAAAAGCAAAUAAAUGUACACACAUUCCCUUGCUCUCGGAGGAAGAUUAUGCAUUUUACGAACGAGGAUGCAGACGGAUCUUCCGUAAGGAAGAAUGGAAAACGGAAAUGCAUCGGUAGGUUCUUUUUUGAGGCGAAUUAUUCAAGUGUCGUGAAUUCGUAGUCUUUCUGUCGUUCACUAGCAUAGCACACCACGUCGAAGCACAUUAUCGGUAAUCCCAUAGUCGUAACGUUCUGUUCAGUGGGUCUACGUGUGAGUGUGGCUAACAACCCCUUCGCUUCGAGAGGGUCGACUUUUAACUGUUCGUAGGCAAAAAUGUGUCGCAAUAGAUUUGUGGAAUAUGCAAAUUCCUGUUCUGUGACCUCAAAUAAUCCACACGGGGCACUUUUGUUUCCCCCGUUUCUUUUUCGAAGAGACCUCAUACGUCUUGACAAAUUAAUCGCUUUUCUGGGUAUCAUUUGAAAAGCCGGAGACGUUGUUUAUUGUUUUUCAUUAAUAUAAUGACAAUUCUAUAUUUAUGUAUAUGGUUAUAUAUGAUUUAUAUAUAUAUAUAUAUAUAUAUAUAUAUAUAUAUAUAUAUAUAUAUAUAUAUAUAUAUAUAUAUAUAUAUAUAUAUAUAUAUAUAUAUAUAUAUUGCUGUUAAGUGUGACAGUGAUCUUUUUUGUGCUGAUAUCUCAGCUGUUACUAAUACAAUGUAUAUUACCCUGUAAAUUAAUGUUAAAAUAGUAGAUUUUGUUCCUAUAUAUAAAUAUAAAUAUAUAUAUAUAUAUAUAACAAAUAUACAGUGUGUGGAUUGGUGGGUUGCUUCUUGCACUUUAAUAAUCUAGUUUAAAGCCAGGUUUCUCAGCCUCUAUUGCAGUAGCAGUAUAGUAGAUAUCUAUUUUUGUUUAUUUGUCUCUUUAGAUUUUAGAGUAAUGAAUUGUUUAUAAAGAGCUUGCUGCUACUGUAGAGAGCAGGUGCCCUUGACGGGCGUCUCAGCGGUCGAGCACAGGGUCGAAAGCGACGGACUCCAGCGGGACAGUCUCUUCUUACAUGUCCUAGCGUUUUUGUCUGGUCUUUUGUUUAUUUUCGGUGGGUGGACCGAUUGCGCGCAGUAACAGAGGAACGCUUUACGUUCCUCUACGCCAGCAGACGAGAAGCGCAAACCUUCUACUUUACCUGAAUAUAAUGUAACAGUGAUGUAUAAAGAACAAUAAAAAUGAAUAAAUUGUUGUAAUCUGGGACAAUA